GAGCGGGCGCGAUGGGGGCGGCGGCGCGGCCGCAGUGAGCCCGGCGGGGAGCGGAGCGGGGCCGGGCCGAUGGCGUUCAGCGCCUGGCAGAUCCUCUCGCCGGUGCAGUGGGCCCGCUGGACCUGGUCGGCGGUGCGGGGCGGGGGCAGCCCCGAGGAGGGCGACGGCGGGGCCGGUGCUGCCGAGGAGGAGGAUGAGGAGGAGGACCAGGACCCGCCGGCGGGGGGCUCGGCCCUCGGCUUCAGCUCGGACUCCACUGAUAAUUUUGAGACCCCUGAAGCAGAAACACCAACCUGCUCGCCACUCAAGGAGUUCUGCGAGCCACCAGGAUCACCAGAGUCUGAGGCCGGGACCCAAGAGCCAGGUGGCCAUGGUGACCUGCUGGUAGGGGAAGCCCACUGGGACAGCUCGCCUGGGAAGCACCCCAAAGAUGAGGCUCAACCAGAGAUUGGAGCCCCUAAAGCCAGUUCGGAUGCUAAAGGGGAAACUGACCCUGACCACUCGCCCCUGAUGCAAGCCCUGGCUGGGCUGGGCUGUAAGGCUGACCCUGGCCACGCCGCUGUGCCCACUGUGGAGCCAGCCCCCGUGCCCCAUGUGGGCACAGCCACCUGUGAGCGGGUCGCGUCAGGAGGGGACUCGGUGGACACGGGGCUGGUGGAGCUGAGGGCUGAUGCCCUGGCCCAGGACCAGCUCAGGAAAGGGAAAACACCUUUGCUGGGGAGGAAAACAGAUGAAGCCACAGAGGAGACCCAAGCAUCCUACCAGCUUGAGCCUGAGCAGCAUGACAGGAGUGUGAGCCCCUUUGUGGCAGGGGGCUGCCAGCUACAGAGCUCUCCCCUGGCAGUCUCACAACGCCUUCCCCAUCCUGGUGAGCUGGGGGGGGACCCAGCUCUGGAGACCACAGGGCAGGUCCUGAAACCUGGGGCUGAUUUUACAGAGGUGAGAGAGAGUGUGGAGGCCAAGCCAGCUUCACCCAGGAGGGGCAGCAGGAUCCCAGCCAGCAAGCUGACACCGAAGAGACACAGAGAGUCCCCCAAGAAACCAGCUGAGGAUGCAGAGAGGUGUCCCACAGAGCCGCCACUGCCUCGAGGCUCCUCCCAACUGGGUCCCACGUGCUGGGACAGCUCCGGUCUCAACUCUCUCAGUGGCAGCUCAGCACUGCAAAAUUUGCCUGUUCUCCCCAAGGGCUCUUAUCAGUUUGACCCCAAUAACUUUGACUCCAUGGAUCCAUUCAAGCCCACCAAGACGCUUGCCAGCACCGACGCUGACUCUUGCUCCACUGCAGAUAACAGCCUCAAUGAAAUCCUCGAAUCUCAGACACUGGAGAUGCAGGACGAUGCCCUGAAAGGCAAAGACUCCCCCAAGAAGCCCAAGUCACGCCUGAUAACGACUACUGAGCAAGUGAAAUUUCUCUGUUUUCUGUUGAGCGGCUGCAAGGUGAAGCAGCACGAGGCGCAGCCCCUGGUCCUGGACAUCAGCACUCAGGAUGAAGGAGUCUUGAUCUCAGAAAUCCCAGAUAUUACAAAUCGGGAUGGACGUGCCACUGAUGAGGAGAAGCUGGCCUCCACCACCUCCACGCAGAAAGCAGCCGGGCUGGAGAAGAAGGCUGAGCCAGAAGAUGACCUGGAGUACUUUGAGUGCUCGAAUGUCCCCGUGUCCACGGUGAAGCACAAACCAGAGGCAGGUUUUGAAAAGGAGAUCUGCAAGCAGAUGGAAAAGGAUGGGCCUGGCAUCUUCCCUGACAAUCCUGGGCUGUGCUCCAUGGACAAGUGCCCCAGCGUGAGCAGGAGCGAGAGUCCCCUGGCUGGCAUCUGCCUCAGCGAGUCCGAGAAGGCGGCCGUGCUCACGCUCAUCAGAGAGGAGAUAAUCACCAAGGAGAUCGAGGCCAAUGAGUGGAAGAAGAAAUACGAGGAGAGCCGGCAGGAAGUGCUGGAGAUGAGGAAAAUUGUGGCUGAGUAUGAAAAGACCAUUGCCCAGAUGAUAGAGGAUGAGCAGAGGACAAACAUGACAUCUCAGAAGAACCUGCAGCAGCUUACGAUGGAAAAGGACCAGGCUCUGGCAGACCUGAACUCGGUGGAGAGGUCCCUGUCAGAUCUGUUCAGGAGAUAUGAAAACCUGAAGGGCGUCCUGGAAGGAUUUAAGAAGAAUGAAGAAGCUCUGAAGAAAUGUGCUCAAGAUUAUCUAACCCGUGUCAAGCAGGAAGAGCAGCGGUAUCAGGCCCUGAAAGUCCACGCAGAAGAAAAAUUGGACAAAGCCAACGAGGAGAUCGCCCAGGUGCGCACGAAGGCCAAGGCGGAGAGCGCGGCGCUGCACGCUGGGCUGCGCAAGGAGCAGAUGAAGGUGGAGUCCCUGGAGAGAACCCUGCAGCAGAAGAACCAGGAGAUUGAGGAGCUGACCAAGAUCUGCGACGAGCUGAUAGCGAAACUGGGAAAGUCAGACUGAGUCUCACCACCCCUCGCCAGCACUCUGCACUUGGCCGCUUUUCUCGUGACGUUGAGCACCUUGCCUUACCCCCGGGCUCCCCGCAGAAAAGCUGCGUGUCCAGCUGCCCCGCUUGGCUGCCGGACCUGUGGCUCCUGAGCAGAGCCGCUCUCCUCACUCUCCCUGUCUGCUUCCCACAGCUCCGGGGCUGGGAUCCCUGCAGUCAGGCUGGGAAUCCUGUGGUCAGCCUGGGCCUGUGUGUCCCUCCCAGGACCUGCCACACUGUCCGUCUGCACCAAUGCCAGCUCUCAGGUGGGAGGUGACAGCCUGGGCUCUGUCCCCCUUGGUUGGGCUGGGUCUGUUUGUGUCCCCACUGUCACUUACUGUCCUCACGUGCUCAGCGGAACAGUUCCAGCCACGUGGUAGGUCCUGCCCUGGGAUGUGGGUGAUGCCAGGGGUGCUGCUGGCUGGCUCUUGCGCUGGGGAAGGAGACCUGGCACCUGGAUGGCUGGUCUCUGGUUCGUGGGUGAAGUCCAGCACAGCAUCUCCCUGUCCCUGGCUGUGCCAGCCUCAGAGGAAGGGAGCUGACAUCUCUGCAUUCGUGCACUUUAUGAGCAUUUAUGGGCACUUGGGCUCUCUGCUCACUCCUUCCAGUCAGGCACGGUGCUGACACAAGGCACGACCUGUUUCCCCCAGGGCAUUGAAACAGUCACAUAACCUGUAGUAACUUCGGUCCUCUCAAGGGAGAGUCUGGGUGAAGGGAGGCAGGAGGUUGUGGCACCAAGAGGUGCUUGAGAAACAGGGGGAUGUUGGUUCUGGAGAGCUGGGACUGCCCUUCCAUCCUCCCCUUGGCCACCCUGCCUGCAGCCCUGGCCCCUCCAGUGCCUGGGGGACCUGGUGUUGAACACGUGCAAAGCCAAGGCCAUUGCUGGUGACUCCCCGUGCCAUGGCCAGAUCAAGGCCCCAUUUCAGAGGCUGCAGGAGAAAGGAAGUGAACCCUGAGCUGCCUCGUGGCUGCUGCAGUAGCUGCAGUGGUGGAGGAUUCUCUGCCUUGAACAGAUAGUCCUAAAGUGUGAAUUAAGGGAAAUAUUUGCAGUUUGGACUGUUUCCUGCCCAGCCUGUCAAACACUUUCACAAACCUUUUUGCUGCUACUUUUUUGUAACAAUUGAGCUCUUCUCCUUCUAUUUUCUAAUUCCCUGUGUUGAGCAUGCAGAGCAAACACCUGUUUAAGCCAGAGCCAUACACUUGAUUAUAUUUUAUUAGUUAUAUAAUGUAUAGAGAGAGUUUAUUCUACACUUAAGCAAAGGUGUCAGCAGCCUGCCCCAGCACACAGCUUCCCAGCCCAAGCCCCCACUUAUCCCAGUGACGGACUGGUCAGGGAAGCCAGUGGCUGACAUCACUCAAAGCAGUGCACCUGUUGCUUGUGCUGGAUAUUCACCCUUUGCACAGUUGACAGAAAGGAAAAACCUUUUUUCCCCCUCUCUUUUCAACCCCUUUGAUCUCCCCACCUGUCCGCCUCCUGGGCUGGUGAAAAAGCUUCAAUCAUAUGAUCAACAAGGACUGUUUCUGUUCCCCUUUGGGAGUCUGUGCAGGUAAAGCAAACCCCUGAGACGCAGAGAUUUCUUGGGCAGUUGGCUUUUUCUCUUGAGGAACCAGAGUGCAGCAUUGCACAACCUCUCAGAGCUGGUGAAAGGCUGGUUCAGGGCUGGAUUUUGGUUUGGUCACUGGUGCACUGCACAAGGUGCCCGUGUGAGGCUGGUGGAGCCCCGGUGUGGGAGGCAGGUCCCAGAUGGGACUGUGGCAGCUCUCAGCCUUCUGCCUUGCCCAGGGCCGUGAUGCUCGUGUGCUGUCUUGGCUCAAGGUGUCAGUCUGAGGUCAGUCUCUCCCUGGGGUGUUGCUCUGGCCCUUGGAGCUGAUGGGUAAUUGCAGAAGUUUAGGUUUCACCACUCAGCACUUCCCCAGACCCCUGACCUGCGCACAGCACAGUCACUGCUGCAACUUUCCCCUCUGGGCUGUCUGCGAAGCAUGGCUCCACUGUGAUAACGCACGGGGCAGAGUCCUCCAUCCCUCCUGUCCCUGCUCCCCAGUGUCACCCGGUCCUGCCGUGCUGCCUCCUCCAGCCGGUGCUGUCGCAUUCCCGUGCCUGUCCGCAUGCACCCCAGUCUGGGCAAAGAAGAUUCCUACGGAAUGAUUUAUUAACUAUAAUAUGGUUAUAGUUACAUAUAUAUAAAUACAUAUGUAAUGGGUAUAGUUAUAUAAAGUAGAAGGUGUGUGUUUGCAAACAGGCAGGAUGGUUGCACCUCGUGUGCCGCACUCUGACAUGCCGAGGUGAUGGUGUCCCUGUGACCAGCACAGGGAAAGGCAGGUCCCUGUGCACGGUGUCACAGCCUGGGUGUGUUUGUUGUCUGUUCCUUGCAGUAGACUUUAAAUGCCCCUUUCUGGCAGCAUUGGGUGCUGCCCGUGCUGCUGUUGCUGUUUGCAGUGUGUGUUUGCCAGCAGAUCUGUCUGUAACCAAGUGCCAACCAGUAACCCCCAACUACUGAUCUCUUCCCCCAUCCCUCUAGUGUGACCUCCUCCAGGCAGGAACUUCCUCUGCAUUGACUCCCACCCCUCUGCUUCCAGCCAUGUGUGUAACUGCCAUCGCCAUCGGUUUUAUAUGUAUGAUAAUUUCCCUUUUAUAUGUCAGGUAAAUAUUUGUAAGAGUUAUACUCACACAAAUGAGAUUAUUAUAAUGAUUACUAAUAUAUUUUUUCCAUGUUUCAUUGCCUGAGUAAAAACUGUGUUUAUCACUCUUGAAA